GUGGGUGUGAAAGCGAGAGGCCCCGCCCCUCGCAGACGUGUGACGUUAAAGUCGCCAUGGCCAGCUACCCGUACGGGCAGGGCUGCCCAGGAGCUGCAGGACAAGCCCCAGGAGGCCCUCCGGGUAGUUACUACCCUGGACCUCCCCAUGGUGGAGGGCAGUAUGGCAGUGGGCUACCCCCUGGUGGUGGCUAUGGGGGUCCUGCCCCUGGAGGGCCUUAUGGACCACCAGCUGGUGGAGGGCCCUACGGACACCCCUCUGGAACUCCAGGGGGACCAUAUGGUGGUGCAGCCCCAGGAGGCCCCUAUGGUCGACCACCUCCAAAUGCCUAUGGUGCCCAGCAACCUGGGCCUUAUGGACAGGGUGGUGUUCCCCCCAAUGUGGAUCCUGAGGCCUAUUCCUGGUUCCAGUCAGUGGACUCUGAUCACAGUGGCUACAUCUCCAUCAAAGAGCUGAAGCAGGCUCUGGUCAACUCCAACUGGUCCUCAUUCAAUGACGAGACAUGCCUCAUGAUGAUAAACAUGUUUGACAAGACCAAGUCCGGUCGCAUCGAUGUCUACGGUUUCUCAGCCCUGUGGAAGUUCAUCCAGCAGUGGAAGAACCUCUUCCAGCAGUACGACCGGGACCACUCAGGCUCCAUUAGCCACAUGGAGCUGCAGCAAGCUCUGUCCCAGAUGGGCUAUAACCUGAGCCCUCAGUUCACCCAGCUCCUGGUUUCCCGCUACUGCCCACGCUCUGCCAAUCCUGCCAUGCAGCUCGACCGCUUCAUCCAGGUGUGCACCCAGCUGCAGGUACUGACCGAGGCCUUCCGGGAGAAGGACACAGCUGUACAGGGAAACAUUCGGCUCAGCUUUGAGGACUUCGUCACCAUGACAGCUUCCCGGAUGCUAUGACCCAGCCCAUCUACAGAGAGUGGAACAUACAAGAGACCUUUCUUGCCCCCUUAAAAUGGGAGAAGCAUGUGGACCUCUCUUCUUUUCCUCCCCCUUCUAAAAAAAAAUGAUUUUCCCUUGUUUGAUGCAGCACUGUUCCCAAAAAGGGUUGGGAGCCCUGUAUCAUAGCCACCAAAUAGUCAGGGGCCUGACCUAGGACAGGACUGGAAGUUGAAUAGCACAGUCUUGCGCCAGGAACAGAAAUGUCAGUCCUUAUAAUGGAGUUAUUCUCUGAUUAGCUGGGCUCCUGCCUCUAGUUUUCCCUCCUCUGCCCUGAUGCCAGUGGUAAUUGUUCAUUGGCUUGUCAGCAUUGGCACCUGUGUUCCCUCACUCAGGCUGACCCAGAUGAGCUUUUUUUCUCCAAAGUGGAAUUUGACCAAGCAUGUAAGAUUUGCCCAUGGGACCAGUGGCUUGGCCUCUGCCACACUCACACCCACAAGUCCUCUGUGUUAACUUCUGGCUGCCUAGGGUCUAUCCCUGUGCAGGAGCUCAGACAAGUCUGCUCCCUGGGCAUCUGUGCCCAACCUACUGCCUUUUGCAGCUUGGACCCCUCACUUACCUGCCAUACUCUGCUUGGCUUCAGUCCCCAGGGGGCAGUUGUCAUAUCUCCCUGCCAAUGCUUUUUUUUUUUUUUGUGGUUUUUUUCAUUUGUGGCCAAAAGUCUAGUGAAAUUGUUAAACUUCAAUAAAAGGAUGACACUCUGGA